UCUUAUUAAAUAUUUUUUCUAUGAAAAAGUUUUUCGCUCAAUAUUUGAGGACUAUGUGCAGUGCGGUGAAUGUGCGCAGAAUGUAUGAACGUCAAGAAUGUAGUGUCUUCGCCACUGGCAUCAACAUUUUAAUGAGCGCCAAUCGGCAAAUAGGCUCGAUCCCCGAGGGACGCACCCGGUCCAAAUUGAAUCCAAUUCGCCUCCCACUCCAGACGCCAAAGCCAAAGCGACAAGAAACUCAAAGAGGCUACUUCAUGAACAAACCGGGUGGAAUGGAGGCACAUCAUUUUGUGUCGAUUGAAUGGAAACUCGUGCACGCUUCGCCCUGUUACCGCCCAGUAUUGCCAUCGCAUUUCAUCAAUAUUUAAACAUCAUCAGAAAAUAUAAUAUUGUAUAUAUUCACGUAGUUAGUAGGUUUAAAGCCAAAUGUUUUGUAUUCCUUUUUAUACAAUGACUGCUUCAACUGAAAUAUUUAUGUAGCGAUGUAGAUCUCACUAUUUAUUUUCUUAUUUGUUAUUAAAUAUUGUUUACUUAAUCGA